CCUCAUGUUAUUAUUCUGGAGCCAAAAAGACGCCGAAUCACGCGUCAGGCGUUAACCUCCCGAGAACUGCUGCAUAGAGGUUUUUCAUCUACACCAGCAACAGGCCACUUCUCGAACUUAUCGACAAAGACACCGCAUAAAGCAACAAUGUUCGCCCGUAACAUCCUAAGAGCUACCCUGCGCCAGCGUGCCGUUGUCGGACGUCGUUUCGCCAGCUCCGGCGGUUCGUCGCCCGUCCCAGGCCCCAUCGACCCUCUCACCAUCGUCGUCCCUGUCAUCACCAUCGGAUUGAUCUACUACUUCAAGAGUACCGUCCCGAUUUCGACCGAGCCCUUUGCUUUCGAGGAGCAGUCCGCCAAGAUUGAGAAGAUCAAGGCCCAGGGCCUGACCGGUGAUGCUCUCUACAAGGCCCUCGCCAUCGCCGAGGGUGCCAGCGAAGACGAGGCCGACGACAUUGUGUCUGAGGUCAAGGAGAUCAUCGAGGCUCCCCCCGCCAAGUCAGUCGUCGACGAGGUUCUCACCGCUACCGUCGAGAAGCUUGGAGAUGAGUUUAGCCUCGACAAGUACUUCGAGGCCAAGAAGGCUGCUGAGGCCGCUCCCGAGGAGCCUGAGGCUGCUGAGCCCGAGGCCGCUGAGGAGGCCCCGGCUGAGACUGAGGCUGUCGAGCCUGUUGUCAUCGUCGAGGAGGAGAAGUCGGAGUAAAUUAUCAGGCGAUUGGACGAUAGGAUAAACACAGCAGCUGUUCCGGUUAAUUGUCCAAAUGAUGAUUGACCGAUAAGCAAUGGAAGGUGGGGAGUUGCCUUGGCUUUCUUUGCAGCAAGUCACUUGAUUGCAUUUGCGAGUCCCGGUUUGGGGGUGGGGUGAAAGAUUUGGUUUCUUUGUUUACAUUUAAUUCUAAAUACAUUAUGCAUUAAAAAAAUGGUUGAUCUAUGAUUGCCGGUACGUCGCUGUGAAUGUGAUGGCUGGAAUUCUCCAGAGAAGCGGAGAGCUACUUACAGAUGAUCAUCCUAUCAAUAUUCCAAGGU